AUGGAGCCAACAAGCAUGCAAACUGGGAAUCCUGGCGUUCUUUUGCGUGGAGCAACGGCUGGAAUUCGCAGGCUGGUCCAACGAGGCUCGAGAAGGAGUGGUGGUGGGACCAAUCUGGCGGGAAUGGCGGGAAUGGUGCAAGUAACGGAGGCUGGCAUGAUGAGCAGCAGAGCUGGUAUGCCAAGAGAAGCACACCUAGAGAAGCAGCGCAGAAGGACGGCCACGCGGCAACGCCUGCAGGCAUUCCAGCUGAAGUCCGACCGGAGGGAGGCCGAACAAGGUGGAAUGGCGAGGACGGCCACGCGGCAACGCCUGCAGGCAUUCCAGCUGAAGUCCGACCGGAGGGAGGCCGAACAAGGUGGAAUGGCGAGGACGGCCACGCGGCAACGCCUGCAGGCAUUCCAGCUGAAGUCCGACCGGAGGGAGGCCGAACAAGGUGGAAUGGCGAGGACUGCUGCCGUUUGGCCUACUAGCCCUGCCAGCGGCAAAGGUGCCUCUCCGUCGAGCGAACCCAACUACUCCGGCUGUUGA